GAGAAUAGUGACAAUGGUGUAUAGAUAUAGUCUAUAGUGUGUGUGAUUUUUCGCUAAUUCACGAUUUUGUUUGGGUGACUUGACUUGUAAUUAUUGCAAACUACAAUAAAAUAUUAAGUUUUAAAUAAAAUAUCACAAUGAGUUCUAUUGGUACCGGAUAUGAUUUAUCGGCUUCACAAUUUUCACCUGACGGACGAGUUUUCCAAGUCGAAUAUGCUCAGAAAGCCGUCGAAAAUAGUGGAACAGUAAUAAGUCUCCGAGGAAAAGACGGAGUUGUAUUUGCAGUAGAAAAAUUAGUAACAUCAAAAUUAUAUGAAGCUGGAGCAAAUAAAAGAAUAUUUAAUAUUGAUGAGCAUGUUGGUAUGGCUGUAGCUGGAUUAAUAUCUGAUGCCCGACAAAUUGUUGAGACCGCACGAUCAGAGGCAGCGAGUUAUCGUGCACAAUAUGGAGUUGGAAUCCCGGUUAAAUAUUUAAAUGAACGUGUUGCGAUGUAUAUGCAUGCCUAUACAUUGUACUCAGCUGUACGACCCUACGGUUGUUCAGUUAUUUUGAGUGCCUAUGAGGCCGAUGGACCCGCAAUGUACAUGAUCGAUCCAUCUGGAGUUUCUUAUGGAUACUUUGGGUGUGCCGUUGGCAAAGCAAAACAAUCAGCCAAAACCGAAAUCGAAAAAUUAAAACUCUCUGACAUGUCAUGCAAGGAAUUAGUUAAAGAAGCUGCCCGAAUUAUUUAUCUAGUUCAUGAUGAACUCAAAGAUAAACAGUUUGAACUAGAGAUGAGCUGGGUUGGUGCGCACACGAAAGGUAGACACGAGCGUAUUCCACAUGAAAUAAAAUCUGAAGCUGAAGCUAAAGCCCGCCAAGCUAUGGCUGAGGAUUCUGAUAGUGACACUGAAGAUAUGUGAAAAUAAUAACGAUACUAAUAAUAAAUGCGUUAAUAUUAAGUAAAAAAAAAUUUUUUUCACUCAAGGUACAUUUAUUAUAUUUCAAUUAAUUUUUAAAUCAACAAUAAAGGUAAUUACUCUAACAAA